AUGGAUCACGGGGAUUUACAACGUGUACGCAUGGUCGAGGCAGAUGCCUGUCUGAUUUUGGCAUCAUCUACUGCGACGGAUUCGUAUCAACAGGAUGCGGCGAAUAUUAUGCGUGUGAUUGCGGUCAAGAACUAUGCGAGUCAUGUUCGCGUUAUCGUACAGCUGAUACACACGGAGAAUAAAGUGAGUCCAGUCCCCGGGGAUACUACCUUUAACGCGUACUUUUUCAUUACGUAA